AUGCCUAGUGGACUUGAUCACCAAGUUAAGUACUCAUCCAAUUCCUUGGUAAAUUCACUCAAACUUAAAUGCACUCACUCAUCUAUCCAGAUUAUUGGUAUUGGUGUUGCCAAUGCUGGUAGAACUAAAGGUCAAGUCGCACUCAAGCUUUCAUUUAGGCAUUCAAACGACUCAGUCAUCAUCAGUGCUCAUAUACUAGGUGGUCUUACUACUCAACUACCAUCUGUUGCACUCAACACACUCAACUGGGACCAAUACAAACAACUACAAUUGGCAGAUCCAGCGUUCAUGAGACCAGGACCAAUUGAUAUCAUCAUUGGUGCCGAUCAUUAUGGUCUUAUCACUAAAGAUGCACUCAUUAAACGGUCUGAAGGCCUGCCAAUCGCUCAAGAUACCAUCUUCGGGUGGAUACUACUUGGUCCAGUCACUCACCACACUCAUCGACCAUCUAUUACUUAUCAUGCUGCUGUCGAGCAGUCAACUCAACAACUUCAAGACCUGCUAUCACGCUUCUGGACUCAAGAAGAAAUUUCAGUCAGCAAAAUCAAGGAACUCAACCCAGAUGAGGAGGCGUGUGAGGCGCAUUUUCAACAAACUCAUCGACGAGACAGUUUAGGACGAUACAUAGUCCGACUGCCAAUCAAAUCGUCACCCCAACAGCUGGGAAAUUCGUACUCAGCAGCAUACCGCUGUCUUAUUCAUCUCAAACGUCGUUUAGAUCAUGACCAUCGUUUGAAAGCACUCUACCUUGAUUUUCUGAAGGAAUACAAAGAACUCAACCACAUGGUGGAAUCAACUCAAUCAACAACAAGUGAACCAGACUACUAUCUCCCUCAUCAUGGAGUCUUACGGAAAAGCAGCAUCACAACCAAGCUGCGAGUAGUUUUCAACGGUUCCAAAACCACCAGCUCAGGUCUUUCACUCAACGAUGUGCUUCACACCGGUCCAAAACUGCAACUAGACAUCUUCGACGUACUCAUAGGAGUUCGCACUCAUAAGCUCAUCUUCAUAACAGAUAUCACGAAGAUGUUUAGACAGAUUUUGGUCGACGAACGCGAUCAAUCACUUCAACAAAUACUCUGGUUUAACCAACAAGGCCAAAUAACUCCAUAUAAACUCACCACGGUCACCUACGGGACCAGACCAGCUCCAUAUUUGGCCGUUCGUGCUCUACUUCAAUUGGUUGAAGACGAAGGACAUCGAUUUCCUCUUGCGAUCAUUCCACUCACCCACGGAAGAUAUGUUGACGAUAUCUUUGGUGGUGCCGAUGACUUGAACUCAUUACAACAAGUUGCUGAUCAACUUGAAGCACUCUGCAAGGCGGGUGGAUUCUCUCCCAGUAAACACAUUGACGGGUUGGAUCAUUCAUUGAUAUUUACGUCUAAGCCGGAGAGAGCACUAAUCAAAGAAAUAUACUCAACUUAUAAACCGGGUGCGGUACUUACAGUUGAUCUGGAAACCGUCAUCAGUAACCUAAUCAUUGAAUACACGCUUUCUAAAAUUGUCAAUAUGCCAAUUUACGCAGUACCGUGUUUCGGUGGUGACGAUAAUGAUACUUCAGUAGUGAUUAAUCAUGUGAUUGUAGGAUUCAGCAAACGUUUUCUGGUUUCCACGACUACUAUUGAUGGUCCGUAG